AGCAAAUUUUGAAGCUUAUAAUUGUCCCUAUGGGACAGAGGCUCACCCAGGGGAAGAUGUGCCCACAUGAGAAUUCACAUCUCCUAGUUGCAACCCCUUUGCUCUCCCUCUGACCAGCAACUGAAGAAGGGGUAUUCCAAGCAAGUGGCCUCAUCUCUGCCUUGACCAAGAGCAGGAUGGGGAGAGUAGGCCCCAGACCUGAAGGAGGGCUCAGCCUUGAGAUUAGGCUGGAGACAUAACAAGGGGUGGGGACCCUGCGGGCAGGGGCGGGGCAAAGCAGGUGCUAUCUAGCUCAGAGACCAGAGCUUUGCACUCUUUGGGCCUCUCCCUAAUCGUCUCCCCAUGGACCGCACCGUGGUGCUCAUCACUGGCUGCUCCUCUGGCAUUGGCCUGCACCUGGCCCUGCGUUUGGCGUCGGACCCUUCCCGGAGCUUCAAAGUGUAUGCCACGCUGCGGGACCUGGGGACACAGGGCCCACUGUGGGAGGCAGCCCGGUCCCGAGGGUGCCCUCCUGGCUCCCUGGAGACGUUGCAGCUGGACGUGAGGGACGCAGAUUCUGUGGCCGCUGCUCGGGCACGCGUGACGGAGGGCCGCGUGGACGUCCUGGUGUGUAAUGCAGGGCGGGGCCUGCUCGGGCCGCUGGAGGCGCAUGCGGCGGGCGCCGUGGAGUCGGUGCUGGACGUGAACGUGGCCGGGACCGUGCGGACCCUGCAGGCCUUCCUGCCGGACAUGAAGCGCCGCGGCUCGGGCCGCAUCCUGGUGACCGGGAGCAUGGGCGGUCUGAUGGGGCUGCCAUUCAACGCUGUUUACUGCGCCAGCAAGUUCGCGGUCGAGGGUCUGUGCGAGAGCCUGGCGGUUCUGCUCACGCCCUUCGGGGUCCACGUGAGCCUCAUCGAGUGCGGCCCGGUGCGCACCGCCUUCCUGGAGAAGCUGGAGGGCGUCCCGGGCGGGGUGCUGGACGGCGCGGACGCCAAGACCCGCCACCUCUUCUCCAGCUACCGGCGCCAUUCGGAGCAGAUCUUCCGCGAGGCGGCGCAGGACCCGGAGGAGGUGACGGAGGUCUUCCUCACCGCGCUGCGCGCCCCGCGCCCGGCCCUGCGCUACUUCAGCACCGAGCGCUUCCUGCCCUUGGCGCACCUGCGCUUGGCCGACUCCAGCGGCCGCAGCUACGUCGCCGCCAUGCACCGCGCGGUGUUCGCCGACCAGCCCGCGGAGGAGGCAGCGGCCGCCGCGGACCCGCCCCGCCCCGCGCCCGGCGCUCCCCCCGCCGCCCCGCAAUAA